AGAGACUCCCAGUUUACAUGUUUUGGCCUGUAAAGCUAACAGCUGAAUGCUGUUAAACAUAAUUUUACAAAAAUAAAAAAAGGUAAUCUUACCAGUUGUAAUGGUAACAUUUAGCAUAUAUUAGAUUGCACAAAAAUAUUAUUUAAAUGUUUACUCUGCUGUUGAAUACUCAUAACUCCCAUUUUCUAAAUUUAGUGUAAAAUUUCUUUAAACAGAAUUAUCAGACCGCUCCGCCUGUGCCGCCGCCGCUCCACCUGUGACGCCGCUCCGUCUGUGACGCCGCUCCACCUGUACCGCCGCUCCACCUCCACUAUUCAUUUUCUUUUCCUCCAGACUUCCUUAACGGCGCUCUCCAAAAUAAUUUGGACCAAGCAAAAAUCGCAUUAUCAAAAGCCCCCCCCCCCCUCCAUAUUGUAAUUAUUAAAAAAAUUAGUGCACCAAAAGUUCUGACCUGGGACUUUAGCAGUCCAACGCCUCAGCCAGCACUGGCAAAAAAACAGUGCUGCUAUAAUAUCUGAUGGAAAAUCGGUUUCCAAAAUUAGAUUAUUUGAAGAAUUCGUAGACAAAGUCACCGAAGGGAAGUCGUACAUCAUCAGAGGCUAUGGCUUUCGAGGCCCUAAUCCUCCAUAUUUUAUCAAUAUAAGUAAAAGAAUGAGUCUUUUUAAUGCACCAGACAUCGAUAUAACGGAAUCACUUCAGGUAGAAGUUAUUAACCUCUUAAAGUCUAUGGUUUGAGCCCAGCGGUUCGAUGCCAGGCGAAUGCUGGCGGGGGAGGGGAACGGCGCCUGAGCCAGAGAGGAAACCUGGGUCUCUCCCCCUUAGGAUGAUCUGUGCGAUUAUGUAUUUUAUAUUAUUUAUAAUAUCAGUCAAAGGAAAAAAGAUAAAACAUAGAAUAUAAAAAAAAAUAAUUUAAUAUAUAUAUAUACACAUUUAAUUCUUCAUGUAGUGUACAUUUUAUUGAGAAUUAAAAAAUAUGUUUUUAUGUCAUUUAUUAUUAAAUAUUUAUAAGGGAUUAUCCAAACUACUAUCCAGUUGACAUCUAGAACAGAUGAACUCCAAAAACUUUGAAUAUAUGGUGGAUAUAUAUUGGUCUUUUGAAAUAAUCAGCCUAAUAAUCAGUAAUAGCCUGAGUGAUUUUAAAUAUGUUUAUUGAGCAUGUUUAGGGAUGACCCCUAACCUCCACAUAUGUGUCCUUAAGAUCAAGGAAGAGGAGAGGGUGGUGGUGUGGAACAUCUCAGAUACAUCUGCAUCGCCAGCUACCAUAAAAACCAACAGGGUGGCUGCUAUAUCAGGUAGCGAUUCAGUGUCCACACUGACGUUGUUUGAGGACUUUUGGAGUAAAGUGCAGGAGGGAACCUCUUAUGUAAUCCGGGGGUAUGGCCUCCUCGGAGAAACCCCUCCGUACCACAUUAGACUCACCAGACAGACCCAGUUUUUCAGAGGGUCUAAAAUCACAGUCAGCUCUGACCUGAAGGAUGAGGCAGAGAGGGUCCUCAACCCUCCCUCCCAGGUGGUAGACGUGUGGGAGUCAACACAGAAAGGGGGCCUCCUGACUGUUGCUGGGGUGGUGGUGGAGUGUUCGCCUGUAAAGAAAAUCCGGUCUGGGAGAGAGCAUGUUCCUGUGAGAAACAUCAGAAUUAAGCAGGACGAGUUUACAGUGCGAGUCUGCUUAUGGAGGGAGGUCUCCAUCACGGAUGUUUCACUGGGAGACGUGGUCACCAUCUCCCACUUGAAGGCAGAAACAACAAUGUAUGGAAGACAGCUGACCACUGAACCACUGAACGUAGAUUUGAUAUUGGAGGGAAAAACAGUACAGCAAAUCAAAUUAUCCAGUCAAUAAAUGUGUUCUCCUUUUUAUCAAAUGUUUUUUUGUUUAUAUAGCGUUUCUAACAUGUUCUCCUGUUGAUAUUUGUGUUUCUGUAAAUCUUUUAGUUCUUACACCAUUUGACUGAUUUAUAAAAUGUAUUCAGCCAUACAAAAAAAACAAAACUUUUUUGAAGUUCUACAUUUUUUACACAUCUUUUGUGUGUUGAAAUUCAAAUUAAAUUUGUGAAUGUAUUGCGUGUUCAAAUUCAAAUUAAACUGUUUUGAAAAAUCUUUGACCUCUUUUUGUCACAUCAUCCAUCAAUUCCUAAAGGUAAUUCAAAGAGCGUUAUGACAGUUUCUGUGUUCAACCCAUUAAUUACAACAAUGAUGAAAGGUGAAGGGGAAAGGUGCCCGAAAUGAAGGCGGUCAGUG